AUUGGCUGCAAUGCCCAGAACACUUCGCCUUCCCUUCCGCCUUGUCGCCUCCGCUGGAGAGCUCACUUCAGGAGCUGUGAACUCUUUGGUUGACACGUCCUAUGCCUAUGGCAAGAAAACCUCCUCAUUCAUCUUUGAAAAUAAGAUUUCCAAGAGCAUCUCCAAGAGCAUCUCUGCCAUUGAAAAUGAAUUUGCCACCAAGGCGAAACCAUACAUCCAACCGGUCGUUCCAUACAUUGAGAAGGCGAGGCCAUAUGUGCCAUAUGGUUUCCUUGCCGCUAUGAUCGCAAUGGCCAUCCCAGUGAUGAUGGGACUUGCUUUCUUUGCCUUCAUCACCGCACCGGUAUGGAUGUUUUUCGGCUUUGUCACCUCUUUCAUUUGGGUCCCUUUGGUUUUUGUUGGUACCAUCUUUGCGGGUGUAAUAUUCUCUUUCUUUGUUUUCGUGUCCACUGUUCGAUACUUCUCUCAGCCUAAGGGCAGAGCUAUUCUACUCAAGUAUUGGAAAAAGAUUUCCAGCACUCCGAUGGGACAGAUGCUCUUCUUCUGUGACACCUCGGCACCAGCUGGCAGCAAGAUGUAGAGUGUCUGUGCGGGAUGCAUCGUUGCUUUCACUAGCUCUGCUUAUGAGCGUGUGAAAUUCUUGUAACUCUAUAUGUGACUAAGCUAACUGUGGAUCUGCUGCAAUGUUACCUGGUAACGAUGCAUGUAAUGAUUUGUUUUUAAAACCAAUAAUUAG